AUAUUUUAAAAGCCGACGGUUGAUAUAACUGAAAACACAUAAAAUUUACUGUAGCCGAUUACUGUUUGUUUUUGUUGUACGUUCAGUGGUUUUGUUUGUGUCAGUUGUCAUUCAAGGGAUAAAGACUGAUACACCGAUCUUCCAAAAUGUCUAUAAUCAAUGUCCGGAACAAAAUUACAUUCUUAUUUCAAAAUUAUCAAAAUGGUAUUGUUUCCCUUUUACCAAACGCCUUUGGAAGCAAAAGAAGAUACAGUGUUCAACUGACAACAGCAAGAAAAAGAAAUCUUCUGAGAGAAACAGAUAGAUUAGGAAAAAUUGUAAGGAAUCUAGGAGGGGGAAUUGUCAAAUCCCCAUUGGGUGAUAGUGAUCCCAUACCAAACCAAAAUCUUGUAGAGUAUGUUUUUAAAGAUGUAGAUGAAUGGUCCGACCAAAUUGCAGCAACAUGUGCCGUAACGGGUCGAAAUUAUUCGUAUGGAAUGUUAAGAAUGCUUGUCAACAGGUUUGCACAAGCUGUAUUAGCUCAUUGUGGAAUGAAACCGAGAGAAGUUGUGGGACUUUUGCUACCUAAUAUACCUGAAUUCGUUAUAGUUUGUCACGGUGCUAUGGAAGCCGGACUCAUAGUUACUUUUGCUAACCCCUUGUACACACCAGAUGAAAUUAAAAGGCAAUUUGAAAAUGCUGGUGUCAAGAUGAUUGUAACUGUUCCUAUACUCUUAGAAAUUGCAACUACAAUUGCACCAAAUCUUCCUGGAUACAGAACGACAGUAUGUAUCGGUGGAGAAGACGACAUUGCAAAAAAUAUUCAUGGCUUGCAAACUUUACUCACAGCUGGACAUGAAAGUGACCUACCAGGUAUAUCUCCUAAAGAACUUGCUUUGCUUCCUUACUCUAGUGGCACAACUGGUCUACCUAAAGGAGUAAUGUUAUCACAUUAUAAUUUAGUUGCCAAUUUAGUUCAAGGAGAGAGAGAAGACUUAAUGAUGAAACGAAGAAAAGAUGGAACCCGACACUGCGUUCUCACAGUACUGCCAUUCUUCCAUAUUUACGGCUUCAACGGGAUCUUAAAUAUAGUACUCAGAGACGGUCAUCAUCUGGUUACACUUCCAAGAUUUACUCCAGAAGAUUACGUUAAAGCCUUAUCAACUUACAAACCGACUUUCUUAUUCGUGGUACCAUCGCUUCUUUUAUUUUUGGCUUCACAUCCAGUUGUAACCAAGGAGCAUUUGCAUUCGGUGGAAGCUAUUCAGUCAGGAGCAGCUCCGCUUACUGAGGGGCUUUUGCAGAAGUUUAGAACGAAGAUUGAUAAUUCAGAAGUUAUUAUACGACAAGGAUAUGGUAUGACUGAAAGUGCUCCGGUAACAUUUGUCAUGCCUAGAUUGACACCUCCAUCAAAAAUAGGAACAAUAGGUAUUCCAUACCCAGGAACUGAGGCCAAAAUACUUUGUUUGAAAACCGGAGAAACCCUAGGAACCCACAAAUCUGGGGAGUUAUUAGUAAGAGGACCACAAGUGAUGAUGGGAUAUUUAAAUAAUGAGAAAGCAACAGCUGAAACCAUAGAUGAGGAUGGCUGGUUACAUACCGGAGAUGUUGCUUAUUAUGAUGAAGAUGCUUAUUUCUAUAUUGUAGAUAGAUGUAAAGAAUUAAUCAAAGUUAAAGGAAAUCAGGUUUCUCCCACCGAACUGGAAAACUUGAUCAUGGAAAUAGAAGGAAUUACAGACGUAGCAGUAGUGGGAGUUCCCGACUCUUUAGCCGGGGAAGUUCCUAAGGCGUACGUUGUCCGAAAAUCUGGUGUCAACAUCAACGAAGAAGAUAUUCAACGAUGGGUUAACGGAAAAGUGGCGCAUUACAAAAAGUUGGUGGGUGGUGUUAAGUUUAUUGAUGCUAUUCCCAGGAACCCUAGUGGUAAAAUUCUUAGAAAUGAAUUAAAAUUGAACGUCUAAGUUUUUAGAUAUUAUUUAUAUUUUUUUGCAAACCGGAGUGUUAGGAAAAUUACGCUAUGCGUAUAACAAUCUUCUCUGUGACUUAGUUUGGCAAAAUAAUUAUGUUUUUAUUCCCAAACUCAUAUUUCUAUAGAUAGUUUAAAUUGUAAAGAAAAUAAUAUAGUUGACUCUGUUAUUGUUAUUGAAAAUCUAACUUCAUUAGUUAGGUUUUCGUUAACAUUUUCCGUAAAACUUUAUCUGUUUAUUUUAAUGAAUUUUUUACACUCUUUUUUUCUGCCAUUUACAAAAAAUGUAUGAUUGUAAAUAUCUUAAAAUAAUUAGUAGGUACUUUUAUUUAACCCUGCAUUUUAAUAUUGGUUGCAACUCAGCCUAAAGUGCUUAAUUUUAUUAUUUAGGAACCGUAGUUUUUUAUUUAAAAAAAUGUUACUAUAAUUUUACUAGUAUUGUAUGUGUUGUGUACUUAUACAUUUUUAUAAUAUUG